ACUGCAAGUCUUGUCUCUACACAUGUCUGAGUCCUUGAGAUAAUUAUUCCCUUAGAGCCCGGUACUUUCAGCAAAUCCAACUCGUUCUAUGUAAUCAAAUUAGCAGUCACCUAUUUACCUCCACCACUCAGCUGGGUAUCUUCACCUCCUCUUCGGAUCUCUGGUAAUCAUCAAAGCGAACAUCCACAGCAUCUUGGCUCGAACUUGCAAGAGUGGAUCAUUUUAUGGCUUAGCGAAGACACAGUGGUUAGAAACUGGAAUAAUAAGCGACAAAGCCAAAAGCUCGGGAAAGACAAGGUUCCAUAAUAUUUGACUAGUUUGACUCCCCGACACGAUCAUCGUUGCCUUAUAUCAAACAUUAUGAAGGAACACCAAAGGCUUCAUAUCACGGAUACUCGACCUGGAGACUGGAAAUAUGUUGCAGAAGGAGGGGCGACCAUGGUUUUUUCAUACACAGGUCCUCCAGGUAUAUUCAAUAGGAUGGUUUUGAGGCUGCGGAAGAGUACCGUACCGGACCUGCCACAACGGUCUCUGGACGACGUUGAGGAGCUUGAUGAUUUUAUCAUUUCCUUCCAAGAGAGGAUCGUUGCGAGAGUGAUUUCUGAAGAACAUUUACCACGUCUGAAGACUGUUUUGUUGGAUACGAACUGGCUUCAAAGCUUGUCAAAUUUACGAAAUAUGGAUCGACCUCCUGCAAGAAGACAUAAGGACGGCCUUGAUCUGACUAAAAGGAAAGGUAUUCUCGCCACUGAUCUAGUCGGAAAUGUAGAUUUGGCUAUCGAGAUUAAGCCAAAAUGGGCGUUUUUACCUUGCCCAGCGCAUCUAUCUUCCGCUACUAUCACAAUAAAGAGAACAACGUGUAGAUUCUGCAUGCACAACUACUUCAGAAGUACGAAAAAUGUUGCCCCCAUUUCUGCGUAUUGCCCUCUGGAUCUAUAUUCUGGCGAAGAGGAUCGGAUAACCAGGGCCAUUCACGACCUUUGGGACGCUUGGAUCAAAAGUGACGGCUCGCUGAAUAACCUCCGAAUCUUUGUCCACGGUAGUUUGCUUAAGCCAUCGGAUGCUGAUUCAUCUAGGAUCCUUGCAGACGUUCUACAUGUUUCAGAGUCUUAUGCCAGUUCAUCGCACCUAAGGGAUGCAUUCACAUCCACUGUCCUCCGUAUACUUCUCGACAGUGAUAUUCUACGCGUUCUUUCUCGACUACAACGGACUCUAGAUCCCCUUGACAUCGAAGGACUGUCGAAGCUAUGGUUCCGCUCGAAGGCUGAUCUGUCAUUACCAUCGAGUGUCCUCGCACCUGCUCUUGGUUUUGAUACGGAUGACCCCUCGUUAACUGAGUGGGAGGACUUUAUCGAUAUCUAUACAUCCGUUUUCAAGACAUGGAAUCACUCGCUGCCCAAUGUAGCGAACCUCAAGAGCUACUUGAUGGCAUAUAUGCUUUCUGCCACCUUCAAAGACUGCUCUAUCGUUCUUCGACCCGAUAAAAGUGGCACAACGUCAGCUUCAGUCACUGUGAUUGACAUGGAUCCGAAGAGCAUGAUUCGGCUGGAGAAGUGGGAGAAACUAGAUAAAAAUAUUACCGAUUUUUAUACACAUGCAGCUGAGGCUAAAGUAUGCCACGACAGAUUUCUGGCUAGUUAGGUUACUCGCAUACGUACUCUCAUACUGCCUGGAAUAUAUUUUCCGCUUCCUGUCAU